AUGCGGGACGGGUUCCAACGCUUAAACGGUAUGGGACUUAGUAUUUUUUCUGAAGAUCACUAUAUAAAAUGGGGAUUACAUGAUGAUGGGGCGGUUCAAGAAGUGUUACGAAGCAUGACCAGUGCAGGUGAAGUGUGGGAUGUGGGAAUUAGUGAGUUCAGUCACAAGUACGGUUGGUUUGCACGUGGUGAUAAAGUUCCAGAAGAAAUACGGGUACCCUUUAAUCGACCAUCCUUGGGUUCCAGCUUGGGAAUAUCGUAUCCAACUCUUUUCCAUAUACUCUUUAUAUGUUUGCCGCAUGAACUUUUUGUUAAUCUAGCUGAUCAAGUGGAUCUCUGUGAUAAACAUGUGGCUCAGUAUCAGAUGGAUGGCUUUCGAGGUUCUGUAAAGUGUCCCCAUCGUGUGCCUCAUGAUUUAGGAAAUCCUGCAGUUGAACCGCGGUUGUGCACGAAUUCAUAUGUAACCCACGAUACGAGCAAAUGGAGAGAUCUCAAUUUGAAAUUUAUUUUGACUUGUUGUCGGGAUUAUUUCUGUAUACUCAAUCAAGACAAAGGGUUUUUGCAGAAAGUAUGGCCUACUAUUAAGCGUCUAAUAACUGAAGCUCGAGUGUGUUGGGAUCAAGAUGACGAUGGUAUGAUCGAAAAUUCUGGCACUGCUGAUCAAACAUACGAUGCUUGGAAAAGGGAUGGUUUUUCUAAUGCUUAUUGCGGUUGUUUGUGGUUAGCAUCAUUACGAGCAGCAUCAAGACUUGCUAGUGAAAUCGAUGACAUCAAAAGCGCAAAUCCAUAUGCAGAACUUUUAUCGAAAGCACAAGAAAGUGCCAAAACAAUUAUGGCUGAUCAGCUUUGUGGCAAUUGGUUUCUAAUGUCGAUUUCACCAGAAAUUGCGCAUGAUGUAAAAGAAACACUUUUGCCACUAUCACACGUAAAAUCGACACUUGAUCAAAUCUACAAUUUGAAUGUCUUGAAUUUUUCGGGUGAACGAUUGGGAGCUGAUGAUAUCCAACGUGGUUUUGAUACAGCAUGGGGUUGUUAUGAUGUAUGUUACAAUCGUUUUGGCUUACAAUAUCAAACUCCUGAAGCCAUUUACGAAGACCGUUUUUAUCGUGCGAUUGGUUAUAUGCGACCGUUGAGUAUUUGGGCAAUUCAGUGGACUUUACUGAGACAGUUCAGGGUUUUUGAUCAUGAUUCGACUAUUUUGAGCCAUAUUAAUAUUGGUAGUUCGUUGGGACUUAAGGAAAUUUCAUCGUCAGAAGUGAAGAAAAAAAGUAAACUGCGUAAAGUUCCGAGAGUUCGAAAAUUUCCAGCAUUUCAGAAAGCACGUAUUUUGUUUGAAUUUUUCGCUUUAUCAAUAUAA